AUUUUAUAGUUUUAAAUCGUAACAAGACUUUGUCGGUGAUGGUCUUGUGGCCUGUUUAUAAUUGAAUAUGAAAUCGCACAUUACGCUCUAUCAUUGAUCGUUAUUUAUGUUUCAGGAUGAGAAGAAAAUAUAUUAUUUUUCUUGCUAUUUUAUUAGAAAAGUCAACUGACAAACAAGUGUCGCCUCCUAAUGGAAAAUCGCUAUUAACCUAGGCAGUUUAAAUCAAGAAGGAAUAGGUGAACUAGGAGAUUCCCAACUUUAGGAAAUAGUUCAAUAGGCCACACUAUAAUAUUGACAGAGACCGUUUGGAAAAGAGAAUGGAGGUUUCUGGAUCCGGAAAAGAUUGCGUUCAUGAAGAGGAGAAAUCUUCUGAUAGCGAAGGCUUAAUUACUUUUAAGGAGUUGGAUCAUUCGGAUAUUCGAAAUAAUGCUGACAGAGAUGAAGGUAAUGAAAUUCUAUGUGAACAGUCAAUAAAUGAAAUAAAAGAUUACUUGAUUUUCAGUAUUUUGUCUAUGUUGUUUUGCCAAUCUUGCUGUGGUUUUGCAGCAAUCGUUACGAGUUUAUCUUGUAGAAAUGCGAAGAAGGCUGGAAAUUAUUAUAAAGCCAAAGCGAAGUCAAAGAGUUCCCUUGUGCUCGUUAUUUCCACUGUUCUUUCAGGAUUAUUUCUCAAUAUUUUAUUGAUCAUUUACCACUUUGCACAAAUAAAGCAGAUCUUCAUCUGAAUUAGACAGCAGGAGAUUGAGGAAAGGAAAAAGAGCGAAGGAAAGUGACAUAAAGAUUCUAUAGUAGUUUGUUUUUGUUCAUAGAUAAUUUUACCUAAUUUAUUUAGACUAAUAGUAUGUUUGUUUAAUGAUUUAGCCAAAAUGGGGUUUUGUCAGAAAUGUACAGUUUUUUGUCUAGAUAUUUUUAGCAAGUCAAUAUAUAAGAUAUGUUCUUUGCUGGUGUUUAAGACAAUUAUAUAACGAGUUAUGAAAAAGUCAAGUGAACGUAUAUUGUCAUGGCUAUUGAAAAGAAUCCAUAUGAUAAUAAAGUAUCUUCGGUGAUGGUAAACUUUACAUUGUACAAUAAUACAAAA